AUGCGAGAUUUCCAGAGCAUCGGGAGGAGGGCCGCGGAGGAGAGGGCGUGGUGGAAGGAGGUCCUGGCGCUAGAGGAAACCAGGGACGCCGGCUCCACUCUCCGCCUCAAUUCUGGCCGACGCAAGCUUGGCCACACACCCCUUUGCAACCGCCGUAAAGUGUGGUGUCGUGGCCCCGCCCAUUUCGGCGCCUCUUGUGGCGCCGGCGCCCUGGGCUUUUUGCGCGGGAAAAGGGUGUCGCCCACGUCUGCUCAGCGUCACUGGAGUCAGGCUUAUUUCGCUGAGGUCGCCGCCGGCUCCGCGCCGCUGCCGGCCAUGGGGCUUCUGGAGCUGUGCGAGGAAGUGUUCGGCACCGCCGACCUUUACCAAGUGUUGGGCGUGCGGCGCGAGGCCUCAGACGGCGAGGUCCGACGCGGCUAUCGCAAGGUGUCCCUCCAGGUGCACCCGGACCGGGUGGGCGAGGGCGACAAGGAGGACGCCACCCGCCGCUUCCAGAUCCUUGGGAAGGUCUAUUCCGUUCUGAGUGACAAAGAUCAGAGAGCAGUGUACGAUGAGCAGGGAACAGUGGACGAGGAUUCUGAUGUGCUCAGCCAAGAUCGGGACUGGGAGGCCUAUUGGAGAUUACUGUUUAAAAAGAUAUCUCUAGAAGACAUUCAAGCUUUUGAGAAGACAUACAAAGGUUCAGAAGAAGAGCUGGCUGAUAUUAAACAGGCCUAUCUGGACUUCAAGGGUGACAUGGAUCAGAUCAUGGAGUCUGUGCUGUGUGUGCAGUACACAGAGGAACCCAGGAUAAGGAACAUUAUUCAACAAGCCAUUGAUGCCAGAGAGGUCCCGUCCUAUAAUGCCUUUGUCAAAGAAGCAAAGCAAAAGAUGAAUGCAAGGAAAAGGAGGGCUCAGGAAGAGGCUAAAGAAGCAGAAAUGAGCAGGAAGGAGUUGGGGCUUGAUGAAGGAGUGGAUAACUUGAAAGCACUCAUUCAGAGCAGACAAAAGGAUCGGCAAAAGGAAAUGGACAAUUUUCUGGCUCAGAUGGAAGCAAAGUACUGCAAACCUUCCAAACGAGGGGGGAAAAAAACAACUCUCAAGAAAGAAAAGAAAUAAUGGAAUUUUCUCUUCAAAACUCCUUAGGUGUUAAUUGAUGCCAUCGUAGGCAAGGUGCUGUCAAGAUUUGAAGACAAAAGUUAACCCUUGAGAAAAGUUAUCUUUCAAGCCUAAAUGAUUCAGAUCAACUACAUAAACCAAACAGAAUCUCUCAACCUGAUGUUAGUAUAUCCUGGAAACACCAUGACAUUCUGUGAGGUCCUCCUAUGAAGGAAUUUGGUGGUGAUCAUUGAGGGAGCGGAAGGGUAUAUGCUUCCUGACAGCACUCUUCUAUGGGUCUUCUGUACAAGGAACUGUACCUAUAAUGCAGAUCUAUCCCUACCACAUUUAGCAGUUGUCAUUUUGCCACACAGGAGUGAGCUGCAGGGUAUUUAGUGGUGUGUGUUUAUUAGAACAGGUACUUUACCUAGCCUUCAACACACUUGCUGGACAUCUGUCUUCCAAAUACUUGCCAAUUUACUUUCAGUCUUUUUUUUUUUUUUUUUUUUUUUUUUGUGGUAUGCGGGCCUCUCACUGUUGUGGCCUUUCCCGUUGCAGAGCACAGGCUCUGGACGCGCAGGCUCAGCGGCCAUGGCUCACGGGCCUAGCUGCUCCGCGGCAUGUGGUAUCUUCCCGGACCGGGGCAUGAACCCAUGUCCCCUGCAUCGGCAGGCGGACUCUCAACCACUGCGCCACCAGGGAAACCCCUGCUUUCUUAAUGUUCUUGCAUAGACCCUCUCCUUUUUGUUUUACAACUAAGUUUUGCACUCUUUGCUUGAGGUUUAUAGGAGAAACAGGUGUUCAGAUAACUUCAAGCAUCUUACAUGAUUAAAUAAACAAGUAAAAAAAUGACUGUUAAGUUCCAGGAGCUUUUUAAAUGAUCCCAGUGUGAUCAUUUAAAAGAUGAUCUAGAAACGAUAUGAAUGGUGCUUAGGAUAAAGAAGAGAGAAGAAAAGUAGUCGUAGUCAGCAUUGUAGCAGAUAGCCUGGUUUAAGUUGCCUCAAGAGAUGUUGUAGUCCUGCCUGUAACUGCUGAAUGUCUUUAAGUCACUGAGCUUGUCUGAACUUCUUUCCUCUAUAAAAGAGUAAGGGAGCUGGGCUAAAUGACUUGUUAGAGGCUCCUUCUGACUCUUAACUUUAACCUUGAAAGGCAAGCCGUCUUGAUCCAGUGGCUUGUUAUUAUGUACUCCUGGUAUUGAUUUGUGAGAAUGGUACAGAGAUUUUCACUUAUAUUUAGUUGAAUUGGUAUGAACUCAUUAGAAUAUAUGGAAAUUUUUUAGGGACUGUUCAACUUAAAAUCUCUGAUUUGUAAGCUAAUAUAUUCAAUACCAUAUACAUAAAACAAGCCUUCUGUUAUGAGAUUUAUGUAUCAUGAUUUAUCUGGGGUAAGCCCAUGACACGUUUUCAGUUUGUGAUUAUAAACAGGUUAAAAAAUACUCUUUAAUUGCAUCAAAAAUACAAUUUUAAUGCAGGUUGUUUGAAGCAUCCGUCUUCAUGUGAUAGCAUUAGAUAAGUGCGAAAUAAUAAAAUUACCCCAAUUGAAUUGAUCAACUCUGAAGAUUAACAGUAAGAUCUAAAACCAGUAUGAUCAUCAAAAUUAAAAUUCAGUGAAAUUUAAAUAAAAUAAAUGUAAGCCAUAGUUAAAACCAUUGUUAAUGAGUGCACUCAGGAAAGGUCCAUGUGAAAAUUGGAAGAAUGUCCAAGUUCUCUUCCUUUGCUCUUAGGAUAUGUUUAUACUGGACUAAUUUGCAGGGUUUCUGAAAUUUUAAGAAGUUGUGUCUUGCUGGCUCACUAAUAGAAAUAUUCUAUAAAUUUUUAAAUUGCCUUUCUUAGAUCUGCAGGAGAAAAUCAGCAAGGUGAGUUUAAUAUUUGGAAAUAAAUACGACCACUAAAGUACUUUAAGAAGAAAAGAAGCAUAACCUGAUGUCAAGCAGGUGUUGUGAGGUUGAGUCGUCCUAUGUGAAAAAAAAAUCCAUUAUGGUUUAUUACAUAGGUUACUUUACACCAGUGCUCAACAUUUAUGUCUUUAGUUACUCACCCCUGCCAUAUCUGUCUGCCUAUGGAAUUGGACAUCUAAAGAGAAAACUUUAGGAACGACUCACCUGUUUGAUGAGUAGCUCAGAUUUUUGACAGCACUGUCUCCUAAAAAUGACGUAAAAGUGAGUACACCUGUCCAAAAAUUAACACAAGCAGAAGUAUUCCGAAGCCAGUGGUAAUGUUAUCAAACAAUUUCCUACUUUUUGUGUAUGUAUAGUCUGAUAGAAUCCUGUAAUAAUUGAACUGAUCAUUGUUAACAGACAAUAUGAACAGUGAUUUGGAGGAUAUUACUCUUUUGUUACAUCUUUGGGUACAAAUUUUACUGUCCAGUGAAAUGGUUAACUUAUGCUGAAAGAAGACAGUAACUGGAGAUAGAAGCAGUACCCAUGUAAUCUUUGGCUGAUACUGUUCUCAGUCUGUUGUACCAAAAUAACUCUUCAUGAAGAUAGUUUCAAGUUGUCUCCUGUUUACAAGCUCUGCAUCACGAGAUGACUGAACACUGAUUUGUGAAAUCUUCCCACAUGUUCCCUGCAGCAUGAGGCAGGUUCUUCUCACUUGCCCUAUGGUCCCUGCCUGGUUCUAGUGAUAGGUCCACCUCUGUUUUGAGAUUUUGUAGAUCCAUGUAACUGAGGACCUGUCAGACAAAGAUGACAUCAUAGAGUAACAUUAGUAGACAUUCUAGAUUUGAUUGUCUCAAGUUCAUGUAUGGGCUUUUUUGCUCCAGUUAUCAGUUAGACUUUAAAUUUGGAGCCUGUGACUAAAUAGUAAAGUAUAUAUUUACCAAGGCAAUAAAAAUCAUGUUUGUGUAUUUUAUAAUGUAAAAAUAAAGAAACAAAAUCUA